AUGCGUUUCACAACCACCCUUGCGACUGUUGCCUCGCUCGCCAUGAGCGCCAGAGCUGAAGUCCACGGCGCGAGCGCCGAGGGCACCGUCAUGGGCCCUGUUGCUUUCCUCUGGCCCGAUGACAGACCAUGGAGUGCUUCCAACGAUAACAGCGGCCCUUGUGGCUCUGCCGAAGGUGUCACGAACCGGACAGAGUUCCCUCUCAGCCAGGGUCAGGUAGCCUUGUCGAUUGCCGAUGAUGCCUACAAGGUUGCGUUCUACAUCGCCUUUGACAAUGAGCCCACCACCCAGAGUGAUUUCACUGAGCAGAUCGUCCAAAACAUCACAGAGGUCGAGCCAGGCCACCAGUGCUACAAGAUCGCCUCGCUCCCCAGCACCGCCACCGCGGGCACGAACGCCACAAUUCAGCUGGCGUACUGGGCCGACUAUGAGGGCGAGAAUGGCGGCAAGAACGAGACAUUCUACGCCUGCGCCGACAUCACCCUCGUUGAGGCCGCCGAUUUCUCAGCCCAGGUCCCCUGCUUCAACGUGACGGCCGCGGACUUCGACUCGGGCGACGCUACAGCCACUGAGACCGUGGCCAGCGCGACCGUGACGCCGACGUCCGCGACCGCCUCAUCGUCUGGGUCUGGCGGCCUGAGCAAGGGCGCCGUCGCCGGCAUUGCCGUGGGCACCAUCGUUGGAUCCCUGGCUGUCGUGGGCGCCUUUGCGUUCAUGCUGCUCAAGAGGAGACGGUCUUCUGCUGCUGCGGCAUCUACGCUGCCGACACAGGCGGCCCCGAUGAAGCAGAGGGAGGGCGACGUUGCUAGUGUGUCUACCGGGCAUUAA